CCCCAUCGUUCUGAUCGGUCCUCUUCAAUCGGAAAGCUGUCAAAUCACUCCCAGUCCCACACACGGCGACUCGGAGCAAUCUAGUAAAACAGCGAAAACUAGCAGAGGAAAACUAUGGCUGCAGCUCAAACCCAUAAUAGAGCAGGUUCAGGCUCUGGAAGACCCUACCUUUCUCAAUCUCGGCAACUAAACCAACCUCCUCGCCCUCGCUUCGAACCCGUCGACCGCGAAAAGACUUGCCCUUUGUUGCUUCGAGUUUUUACUAAGAUUGGAAGUCAUCAUAGUGUGGAAGACUUUGCAGUUAGAGGCAAGGAACCUAAAGAUGAGGUUCAAAUUUAUACAUGGAAAGAUGCGACUCUUCGUGAAUUAACUGAUCUUGUUAAAGAGGUUGCUCCAGAGGCAAGAAGAAGAAAUGCAAAAUUGUCAUUUGCUUUUGUAUAUCCUGAUAAACGUGGUCGAUUUGUGCUGAGACAGGUGGGAAUGACUCAUUCUUAUGGAAAUGGGAGACGAAUUGACGACAGUAAAGCAUUGGCUGAACUUAAUUUUGAGAUUGGUGAUUACUUGGACGUUGCUAUCUUGUAGAGGCUUUUUUA